AUGUUUGAACGACCAGAAGGUAUUGAAAAUUGUCGAAUUUGGAUCGAUGGCUGUUUUGAUUUUGCCCAUCAUGGCCACGCCGGAGCAAUGUUACAAGCACGUCAAUUGGGCAAAGAACUCUAUGUAGGAGUCCAUUCUGACGAGGAAAUCUUGGCCAACAAAGGCCCAUGUGUCAUGAGGCUCGAUGAACGAAUGACUGCUGUUGAUGCCUGCAAAUGGUCUACUAAAGCCAUUCCAGAUGCGCCAUAUGUCACUGACCCCAAGGUCAUGGAUGAAUAUGGCUGUAAAUAUGUUGUUCAUGGAGAUGACAUUACAACUGAUGCCAAUGGAGAAGAUACAUAUCAGACAGUUAAAGAUUUAGGCAAGUUUGUUGUUGUUAAACGGACUCCCAAUAUUAGCACUACAGAUUUAGUCGGCAGAAUGUUGUUGAUGUCGAAAAACCAUCAUUAUCCUGAUUUGAAUUUGGAUAAGAAUUGGCAGAAAUUGGUUAAUGAAGGAGAUAAUUUGGACCGGUUUACCAGGUAUGCCACAGAUGAAACUGGAUUGAAACCAGGAUCGGUGGUUUAUGUAAAUACACCACAAGAAUUGAAAUUAAUUGUUGCACCAAAGGCAACUACUGACUCAGAUUCUACAAAGUAUGUUUACAUAGAUGGUGGGUUUGAUUUAUUCCAUCCGGGACAUAUUGAAGUAUUGAGGCUAGUUCAUCAACGAGCUCAACAACUAGGAGCUAAAGUCAUUGUCGGUAUUCAUGAUGAUUUGACGGUAAACAAAUACAAGGGAUUGAAUUACCCCAUAAUGAAUAUCUUUGAGCGAUCAUUGUGUGUGUUGCAAUGUCGUUUUGUUGAUGGCAUAGUUUUAAAUGCUCCUUAUGAACCGACAAAGGAGUUUCUUGGUCGUAUUGGCAAUGUGAUUAAAGUAUACCAUGGACCUACUGAAGUAGAUGAGACGGUGUAUGAUGGUGUUAGAGGAGAAGGAAAAGGAGAAGAGGCGAAGGGGAUGUUUGAGACAUUACCUAAGCAUAAAUACGAUCAUAUGAGUACUGAAUUUAUUGUUGAUCGAGUAUUGCAAAAUAAGGCAGUUUAUGUUGAACGACAAAAGAAAAAGGGGUGGAAAGCCGAGAUGGAGAAGGUAUUGGAAGCAAAUGAACGAAAUAAGAAACAGCAAGAGUGA